GCAGAGCCUCCUGAGGCGAGCGGCCCGGGCCUCGCGGUGCUCGCGAGCGGGCGGUGGGGCUGUGGGAGCAGCGCCGGUCAGUGGUCUGCCUCUUCUGGGAGCCCCUGGGGACGUUUUUCAGGCUCGCGAGUCAUCGCUGAACCACACAGGGUCACAGAGGGCCGCAGAGGAGUUAGUGGGUCCCUCGUCUGUACCUCAUGUACCUCAUGGCCCCGUCACUGCAGUUCGACUCCGGGACUUUCCCUUGUUGAAAGUAGCAGAUGCCUGGAAUACCGUUGUUUGAUGACUGCUCGGUCCUUUGGUGCUUCUCAAGCCGGAGUGGUUCUUAAACCUGAUUUUCUAUGCACUAGGUCGACUGUGUCUGGACUUGGGUUCUGUCUCGAAGGUGGAUGCUGAUUGAGUCAUUCAGGACUUUAUGAAAAUGGAGAGGUGUGAGGCAUUGGUAGGCUUUGAUCUCUGUGAGAUACCGCUCUCCAGCGUUGCUCAGAAGAUCAUGUCUGCUCUGCGCUCAGGUGGUUUAGUGGGAACUAAGGAUUGGAGAGAGAGUGAGAAGACUACAGAAGUGGUAAACAAAUCCAGUGUUAAGGAUUCAGUACUACGUGAAGAUGGGAAGAAUCAGUUACUGGAAGAAAAGAAUCUUCAUUCUUGUAGCAGCCACACAGCAAGGGCUUCCAUCAGGUUGUCUCCUCAGUCCUCCUGGAACAGGCGCGCAGAGCGGCCGUGUCCUGACGGAACCCAGAGGCGGAUCAGCCCCCUGGCUCCUUCCGGGGGCUUGAUUGCUCAGCGUGACCAAGGGGCGCCAGUUCUGCAGAAGGUGGAAUGCAAAAGAAAACACUGGCCAGAGGAAAGCAUAAACCGUGAAAAAAGCGGAGAAAGCAUGAGCCUUAAAAGGAGACAUGUCACGCGUGGUAGUCCACUGGAGAAAGCAAGCGAGCUCAGGGCCUCGGGAGACGGUGCGGAUGCGGCUGACCUCUGCCCGGAUCCCGAGGACUCGCAAGUGCCCAGGAACCGCUUUCGCGAUGUUCGCUAUUUGGAUGCUCUGGAGAAAUGCCAGCUGGUUGAAAGGCUCCAGCAGGCAGCAGCCCUGGUGGUGACCCUGCUGUAUGAGGACGGCUCCACCCAGCUGGGGGCUGAUCCGGCUGUAGUUUCCUCUGUUAAAGGCAUUGUGAUGCUAAUUCAGAGCCACCCGGAGGAAGGCAGUGGUCCUCCCACUGCCCCAGCCCCUGGCGGUGGUCAGGAGGGAGGCUUCACACCCAGUGAUGAGUGUGUCUACAUACAAACUGAACACUCUUCUGUUCGGGGCCAGGAGCAAGAGGCACACCACCAAUUUGCCAGGAACGUGCUGCUUCAAACACUGACAUGCGGAUGUCCUGUUAUUUGUUUUAACGCUAAGGACUUUGUGAGGACAGUGCUGCAGUUGUUUGGUGAUGACAGCACUUGGAAGUGUGUUGUUGACUUUGUCGGCCUUGACCCCAGAAUCGCCGCAUGGCUCAUAGAUCCCAGCGAUGCUGCUCCGUCCUUUGAAGACUUGGUGGCAAAACACUUGGGGAGCCUCACCGCAAUUCCCAUGAGCAGCAGCACGAAUGGCAGUUCCGCAACGAACACCGUGCGUCAGGACGUGGGUGCAGACCUGAGGACGCUCAGCAGACUCACGAUGGGCCUUUGUUCCCAGCUGAAGGUUUGUGGUUUAUGGCAAUUGUUUUGUACUUUGGAGCUUCCUCUGAUACCGAUUUUGGCAGUGAUGGAGAGCCACGGCAUUCGGGUCAACAGAGAGGAGAUGGGGAGGACCUCAGCGCUGCUUGCGUUUCGUCUCAAAGAACUGGAGCAAGAAGCCCAUUUUGUUGCAGGAGAACAGUUUCUUAUAACCAGUAACAAUCAGCUUCGAGAGAUGCUGUUUGGCAAACUCAAGCUGCACCUGCUGCACCCAAGGGCGACUCUUCCCAGAAUGGGGCUGCAGAGACCCCCGUCCACGUCAGACACCGUGUUAAGUGCCCUGCAAGACCUUCAUCCGUUACCCAGAAUAAUUUUGGAAUAUAGGCAGGUUCACAAGCUCAAGUCAACCUUUGUAGACGGAUUACGUGCUCACAUGAAAAAGGGCUCCGUUUCCUCCGUGUGGAACCAGACUGGAACUGUGACCGGAAGACUCUCAGCCAAGCGUCCUAAUAUCCAGGGCAUCUCCAAGCACCCAAUCCAAAUAACUGCACCUCGGAAUGUUAAAGGUGAAGAAGGCGACGUCCUCACCGUUUCCGCCAGGACGCUGUUGGUGUCGGCCGAGGGCCGCAGCUUCCUAGCAGCAGACUUUUCACAGAUUGAAUUGCGCAUUCUUGCACACUUAUCUGGGGAUCCAGAACUUCUGAAGUUAUUCCAGGAGCCUGAAAGAGAUGAUGUGUUUUCUGCCCUGACCUCGCAAUGGAAGGGCAUUUCCCCAGAACACGUGACACACGCCGACAGGGAGCAGACCAAGAAGGUGGUGUACGCGGUGGUCUACGGAGCAGGGAGGGAGCGGCUUGCUGUCUGCCUUGGAGUUACUCUUCAGGAAGCUGCGCAGUUUGGGGAGAGUUUUUUGCAGAAGUACAAGAAAAUUAAGGACUUCACCCAGGCAACCAUUGCCCGGUGUCACCAGACAGGCUACGUGGAGUCCAUGAUGGGCAGAAGGAGGCCGCUGCCGAGGAUCCGUGCGCGAGACCAGAAGCUCCGGGCACAGGCUGAGCGACAGGCAGUCAACUUCGUGGUGCAAGGCUCGGCCGCGGACCUCUGUAAGAUGGCCAUGAUCCGUAUCUUCGCAGCAGUGGCCACGUCCCCGACCCUGACAGCCAGAUUGGUUGCCCAAAUUCACGAUGAGCUGCUCUUUGAAGUGGAGGAUUCCCAGAUACCUGAGUUUGCAGCCCUGGUCAGGGGAGCCAUGGAGGCCCUGCAGCAGGUGCCAGCACUGGGGCUGCAGCUGCAGGUGCCCCUGAAGGUGAGCCUGAGUACUGGCCGCUCGUGGGGACACCUGGCACCACUGCAGGAGGCCCCAGGCCCCCCACCCCACCGACGUCCUGCCGAGUCGCCAAGCAACCACUCAGCUGCUGCCAGGGCCCUCGAUGCCCAUGCCCGGUGCACGCAUUUUUCGCCUUCGUUUUGUCUGUAGCCCCAGGCAACAGCUGAGGACUGGCUCCCACAGCCCGCCGUGUGGCCUUGCCAAGGUCAGUCAGGCGCUGUGUGCACAGCUCAGGCUGCUGGGUCGCCCCUGGAUAAACACCUGCCAUGAAGCCA